AUGGCAGCCUACGACGGAGCUGGUAACCCAAGGGAGCAUGUCAUGAAUGACAAGACCUUUAUGGAAUUACAAACUUUAUCGGAUGCCUUGAUGUGCAAGGUAUUCCCAACGACACUUUCAGGGCCAGCGCGAGCAUGGUUCAACAGCCUGGAGACUGGAAGCAUUGGAAGUUUUGGAGAUUUAGCCACUCGUUUCAUUAGCCGGUUCAUCGCCGGGGUACCAGCGGAUAGGAAGACGAGUUAUCUGGAAACAAGGGCUGAGAAGUAUAUAAGACAGGAUGACGCUCUCGUGACAAGCCGAUUCGCCAAGGGAACGGCAGGCAAGGAGAGAGCCCCGGAGGAAAGGAGGCCGGAGAAGCAUGAAAAGAAACAUGGCAAAAGGUCUGAGCCUUAUAGACAGCCUUGGGAGCGAAGGGACCAAAGACCUUUUCCCCCACGGUCCUCAGAACAAAGGCCACUUCCUUCAUGGGUUCCAGAGAAGCCAACCCCACUUAACGCCUCUAGAGCCGAAGUGCUCGUAGCCGUCCAGGACAAAGAAUUCUUGCAAUGGCCCAAGCCCCUGAAAGCGGAAGCCGACCAGCGAAAUCCCGACAAAUAUUGUCAGUUCCACCGAACUCAUGGUCAUGACACCAAUAACUGUUUCCAGUUGAUUGCAGAAAUUGAGAGGUUGAUCAAGAGAGGGCACCUAAAGAACUUUGUAAAGAAAUCGGAAGGACAGAGACCUCAACUCAAUCCGACAGCUCAAACGCCAAGAAGAACAGGAGCUAACGCUGUGAAUGAUGGGUCCAGUGGAACUAUCAACAUGAUCGUAGGAGGCACGGGAGGUCGGAUGAGCCGAAUGGGGAAAAAGAGAAGCAGAGAAGGAGAAACUAGCAGUACCGAGGUCAUGCAAAUCGUUGAACACUCUUCAACAGCCAUCACUUUCUCCUCGGAGGAUGCUCAGGGUGUUCAGAUGCCUCAUGAUGACGCCCUUGUCAUUGAAGCUGUUAUUCACAAUUAUCGGGUAAAGAAAAUCUUGGUGGAUGACGGAAGCAAGGUAAACCUGUUGCCUUAUCGAGUCUUCCAGCAGAUGGGCAUUCUGGAGGAGCAACUAGUUUGGGAUCAAGCCCCGAUUAAAGGGAUUGGAGGAGCACCAGUAACAGUGGAAGGGAAAGUAAAGCUAGCCCUUACUUUGGGAGAGGCCCCGAGGGCUCGCACCUAUUAUGCGGUGUUCUUGGUGGCUAAACUCCCUCUGAGCUACAAUGCGAUUCUGGGACGACCUGUGCUGUUCGAUUUUGAAGCUGUCACCAGUAUCAGAUACUUGGCAAUGAAAUUCUCCACAGAAGCAGGGGUGGCAACAGUUAGGGGAAGUCAAGAGGAAGCAAGGGCAGUGUACCUGGCUACCGUAACAGAGCCGAGCUUAACAGAAGAAAAGAUGGAUCCAGAAGUCUUGGAGGUCCGAGAUGAGAAAACAGAAGCCAGAAUAGAGCUGGUGGGGGAACUAGAGACCUUCUCCUUAUCAGAAACGGAAACAGACAAAACCUUCAGUCUCAACGCCGGCCUCACCAAGGAGCAGAAAGCCGAAGUGAUGUCCUUGAUUCGAGGUCAUGCAUCAAGCUUCGCCUGGAAGCCUUCGGACAUGCCCGGAAUUGACCCCGGGGUGAUGACCCAUAGACUGAAUGUCCUCCCUGAAGCCAGACCAGUAAAGCAGAAAAAGAGGGUAGUAGGAAGGGAAAAGCAGUAG